AGAGAAAUCUCUGCUUCUCAAGCCAGUCCAAUGACCCCCAAGUCUCCUUCUCAGUCGCAGAAGAAGACUUAUGGAGGGGCUAACGCGGGCUUUGGCGACGUCUAUGGAGUGUUGAUGCUCUCCAAGGAGAUGAUCGACCUUGACAAGGACCCUCCUCCUUUUGAGCUCCGGUUUCAAGUUCCCGACUUUAAGCUCGUCCUCAAAGAUUUCUUCAGAACUAGAGAAGUUGGCGAGUUUCUUAGUGGGGCUUUGGCUGGAGCCAUGACCAAGGCUGUCCUUGCUCCUCUCGAGACAAUCAGGACAAGAAUGAUAGUUGGCGUCGGAUCAAAAAACAUUGCUGGUAGUUUCCUUGAGGUCAUGGAGCAGCAGGGAUGGCAAGGACUUUGGGCUGGCAAUACAAUCAAUAUGCUCCGCAUCAUUCCUACCCAGGCAAUUGAGCUUGGAACAUUCGAGUGUGUCAAGCGAGCAAUGACAUCUGCACAAGAACAGUGGAAACAGAAUGAGGGUCCCAUGGUGCAAUUAGGUAGUCUGAAUCUUAGGUUAAACCUUUCCUGGAUCUCUCCAGUUGCCGUUGCCGGUGCAGCUGCUGGCAUUGCUGGCACUCUUGUGUGUCAUCCCCUUGAAGUUCUGAAGGAUCGGUUGACUGUAAGUCCAGACAUCUACCCUAGCUUAAGGGUUGCCUUAAGCAAGAUCUAUCAAGAUGGUGGAAUUGGGGCAUUUUAUGCUGGUCUUUCACCCACGCUAAUUGGUAUGCUUCCAUACAGUACAAGUUACUACUUUAUCUAUGAGACGGUCAAGAAGUCUUACUGUUCAAAAAAGAAUAAGAAGUCCUUGAGCCGUCCCGAGAUGCUUCUAAUUGGAGCAUUUGCAGGUUUUACUGCUAGCACCAUCAGCUUCCCAUUGGAGGUGGCAAGGAAAAGGCUAAUGGUGGGAGCUCUGCAAGGGAAGUGUCCGCCCCACAUGGCGGCGGCACUGGCAGAAGUCAUUCGGGAGGAGGGUCUGAUAGGGCUGUACAGAGGGUGGGGCGCAAGCUGCUUGAAAGUUAUGCCCUCCUCAGGCAUCACCUGGAUGUUCUAUGAAGCUUGGAAAGAUAUUUUGGUUGUCGGUAGACAUCCCAUGUAAUGGCUCGAGAGCAAGUCACGUGUAACGGCGCGAGAACAACGUCCGGCCAUAUUUUUGUUGAUCUGGGCGAGGGCUCCUUUUUUGAGAAUUUUGCUGAUGUAACGUGGGUCAUUUAUUUUGCCCAUUGAUUAAUUUGUUCCAGCAAAUUUUUAUUGGAAAGGAUUGUUUCCUUCUCCUAUUUGACUUAUUUUACAUGAUUUCCUUGCAAUUUAUAGAGCUUUGGUGAUGCAUUCGGAUUGA